AUGUUCCACUGCAUCCCGCUGUGGCGGUGCAACCGUCAUGUGGAGACCAUCGACAGGCGCCACUGCUCGCUGCUCUACGUGCCCGAGGAGGUCUACCGCUACGCCCGCAGCCUGGAGGAGCUGCUGCUGGACGCCAACCAGCUCCGCGAGCUGCCGGAGCAAUUUUUCCAGCUAGUCAAGUUACGAAAGCUUGGACUCAGCGAUAACGAGAUCCAGCGACUCCCUCCAGAAAUAGCCAACUUCAUGCAGCUGGUGGAGCUCGACGUGUCCCGGAAUGAUAUUCCUGAAAUUCCAGAGAGCAUCUCAUUCUGUAAAGCACUACAGAUCGCUGACUUCAGUGGAAACCCAUUGACUAGAUUGCCAGAAAGCUUUCCUGAAUUACAGAAUUUGACAUGUCUUUCUGUAAAUGACAUCUCACUGCAGUCUCUGCCUGAAAAUAUUGGCAAUCUUUAUAACCUGGCUUCACUGGAACUGAGAGAGAAUCUACUUACUUAUCUCCCUGACUCCCUUACCCAGCUACGGAGACUAGAAGAACUUGAUUUAGGAAACAAUGAAAUAUAUAAUUUGCCAGAAUCAAUAGGAGCUCUCUUACAUCUAAAGGAUCUCUGGUUGGACGGAAAUCAGCUGUCAGAAUUACCUCAGGAAAUAGGAAAUCUGAAGAACCUGCUCUGCUUAGACGUCUCUGAAAACAGGUUGGAAAGGCUGCCAGAAGAAAUCAGUGGCCUGACUUCAUUGACGGAUUUGGUCAUUUCGCAGAACUUGUUAGAAAUGCUCCCGGACGGCAUUGGAAAGCUAAAGAAACUGUCGAUCUUGAAGGUGGAUCAGAACCGACUCACCCAGUUGCCCGAGGCAGUCGGAGACUGUGAGAGCCUCACAGAAUUGGUUCUUACAGAAAAUCGUCUCCUGACUUUACCUAAGAGCAUUGGAAAACUUAAGAAGUUGAGCAACUUGAAUGCAGACAGAAACAAAUUAGUGUCUUUACCAAAAGAGAUUGGCGGCUGCUGCAGCCUCACUGUGUUCUGUGUGCGUGACAACAGGCUGACUCGGAUCCCCGCAGAGGUGUCUCGGGCGGCCGAGCUGCACGUCCUGGACGUGGCAGGGAACAGGCUGUCGCACCUGCCUUUAUCGCUGACCGCUUUGAACUUGAAAGCUCUCUGGUUAUCGGACAACCAGGCCCAGCCCCUGCUCACGUUCCAGACGGACACCGACCACACCACCGGGGAGAAGAUCCUCACCUGUGUCUUACUUCCUCAGCUGCCUUCUGAACCCACCUGCCAAGAGAACCUGCCCCGCUGCGGCGCCCUCGAGAGCCUGGUGCACGACGUGUCAGAAGAGGCCUGGAAUGAGCGGGCGGUCAACCGGGUCAGCGCCAUCCGGUUUCUGGACGAUGAGAAGGAUGACGACGACAACGAAACGAGAACACUCCUGAGACGAGCCACGCCCCACCCAGGGGAGCUCAAGAGCAUGAAAAAGACAGUGGAGAAUUUACGGAAUGACAGGAAUGCUGCUAAAGGACUGGAUUCCAACAAAAACGAGGUCAACCAUGCCAUCGACCAUGUGACCACAUCGGUGUAGGUGGUGCGUCCGUCUUACCUCCUGAGUCAUCCUGCUGCGGAGCCGGCCUGCCCCC